AAACCGAAGCGCUAAAAAUAGAAACCUUUCUAGACCAAAAUCCAAUACAAGAACUACCUAUUUUUGAGUAGGCAGAAAGCAACCGAAAAACAAAAAAAAAAAAAAUCAAUAUGAGUUAAUGGUUUAUAACAAAUUGAUGAAAUUUAAACCCGUUUUCUUUAGAAAAAUAAAUUUUUAGAAACUACAUAAUUCACCAACCUCAAAAAUUAAAUUUUCACAGUAAAAUUACGAGUCGCAAAGAAUUUUGAACUGUCUGUGACCUCCUCCCAGCUAGCUUCCACAGGCCUGGGAAAAGGCACAUUUCUCUACAAAACCAUUGUCACCUUCUUUUUCUUCUAUAACCCUCUGUGCAUGAAGUUUUAAAAGUCAAAUCCUUCAGCUUAGAUCAUCAGCAUUCAUAAUUAAAACAAUGACGAUGGACCGUUUGAUUUUUUCAAUGAUCUUCAUCUUCUCCAUGAUAAUUCUUCCUUCAUGGGCGAAGAAAGAUGGAAACCACUUGCACGUUGGGUUUUAUAAGAUACAAUGCCCCAAUGUGGAACGCAUUGUGGCUGAUGUAGUUUUCAAAGCCUAUUUGAAAGAUCUUCGUGUUACUCCUCACCUUCUAAGGCUCUUUUUCCAUGAUUGUUUUGUGAAGGGUUGUGAUGCUUCACUUCUGUUGGAUUCCACACCUUCUGGUGAGCCGGUUGAAAAGACAUCACCAGCUAAUGGAAAUAGUCUCAAGGGUCUUGAUCUCAUUGACGAAAUCAAGACCAGGAUUGAAGAGGAAUGCCCAGAAACGGUAUCUUGUGCAGACAUAUUAGCAUUUGCAACAAGGGAUGCUACAGUUCUAUCUGGAAUGCCUUACUACCCUGUCCCGGCCGGCCGUCGUGACGGCCGCACCUCCCUGGCUUCCGAUGUAAGGGGUAACCUACCGAGUGGUGGAACACCUAUUGAUGAUAUAAUUGACAUCUUCAAGAAGAAGGACUUCAGUGUAGAAGAAAUGGUUGUUUUACUCGGUGCACAUUCACUUGGUUCUGCUCACUGCGGUGUGUUUGAUUAUAGACUGUAUAAUUUCAGCUCAACACAGACACGAGACCCUUCCCUGAAUCCAUUCUAUGCGGCUCAUCUUUCGGCAACUUGUCCGCGGUUCAGACAGAAUGGCGAUGUAACUACAAACUUUGAUCCCAUAACUCCAUUCAGUCUGGACAAUAUGUACUAUUGGAACCUGUUGAAAGGGAGAGGGCUUCUUGAAGCGGAUCAAGCAUUGGCUACUAAUCCAAAGACCAGUGAGUUUGUGCAUAAAAUGGCUUUUGAUCCCAUUGGAUGGAAGAGGAAAUUUACCAAGGCCAUUAUUCAUUUGGGAAGGACAGAUGUACUCACUGGAAAAAAUGGAGAGAUAAGAAAAAGUUGCCGUGCAACUAAAUAAGGGUAUGUAGCUUUUUUAAAUAUCUGUGG